AGCGAGAGUCUGAUAACACAGGACACAAAGUGGGGGAUGGCUCUUGGUUAAUCUUUGACUCAACCGUCAGCUGACUCUUAGAGCUCUUGUAUAUAAUGGGGACGUUUCUGGCCAACUGUCUGCAGCAAGGAGGACAUUAUAGGCUGUAAACAUGCGUGGGAUCCUUGCUAGUUGUGCACUGUCCGUACUGCUGCUGGGUGCAGCCUGGGCAGACCACCACCACCACCACCACGGCGAUGGUGCUGCUCACAGCCACGAGGGAGAAGCAAGCUGCCACAAGCUGGCUGCUCCCAAUGCUGACUUUGGCUUUGCCCUCUACAAAAGCUUGAGUACCCAGGCUGCUGCUGGGAAGAACAUCUUCUUCUCACCACUGGGCAUCUCCACCGCCUUGUCCAUGCUGUCCACAGGGGCCAAGGGGGAAACCCACCGCCAGAUGUUCUCCAGCUUGGGCUACACUGCUUUAAGCCAGAUGCAGGUCAACGAAGCAUACAAGCAUCUUUUUCACAUGGUCGAGCACAGCCAGGGGAAUCAGCGCCUGGACGUGGGUAACGACGUUGCCGUGCGCUCUGGCUUCAGCCCUCUGGGGGAGUUCCUGAAGGAUGUCAAGCACUCCUACUCUGCUCAUGUCUUCAAUGUCGACUUUACCAAACCUGAUGAGGCUGCAGCUGAGAUCAACACACACAUUGCUGCCAAAACCAAUGACAAGAUCAAAGAUAUGGUGAAGGACCUGAGCCCUGAGAUGGCCAUGGUGCUGAUCAACUAUGUCUACUUCAGAGGACGGUGGGUAAAACCCUUCAAUGCUAACCACACAGCAACGGCCGACUUCAACGUGGACGAAACCACCAAGGUUCAGGUAGACAUGAUGAAGAGGACCGGUCGCUACGACUUCUAUCACGACUCGGACAACCACACCACCGUCAUCUUGCUGCCGUAUCAUGGCAACACCUCGAUGAUGAUUGUCCUGCCCGACGAAGGCAAGAUGCAGGAGGUGGAGGGCUAUAUUACUAAGGAACACAUCAGGCACUGGCAUGACUCACUUUUCAGGAGUUCUGUGGAUCUGUUCCUGCCCAAGUUCUCCAUCUCCGCUGAUGCCACCCUGGACAGCAUACUGAAAGAUAUGGGCAUGGUCGACGCUUUCACGGACAGCGCAGAUUUCUCUGGCCUGUCCGAUUCUGUAAAACUCAAAGUCUCAAAGGUGUCCCACCAGGCCAUGUUGAGCGUGGAUGAAACAGGAACAGAGGCAGUGGGCGCCACCACCAUCGAGGUUAUGCCCAUGAGCAUGCCUGAAGUCAUGAAUCUCAACAGACCUUUCAUGGUCUUCAUCCUGGAGCACUCGACAAAGAGCAUCCUCUUCAUGGGCAAGAUCAGCGACCCCACGGCCAUGUAGGUUCCAGGAUUCCAGAAGUGUUUGUUCUAUUGUGACACUGCAGUAGGUUUUUAGUAGCCACUGGACAUAAUGCUCAUUUUGACCUCGGGAUCUGAAAGCCGUGUACAGAUGUCACAGUGAUAUUUACAGCGUUGGGGAUUGAUGAAUGAAGUGUAGCUCGAUGAAUACGAGGACAGAUCUAUCAAGUAACCGAAAUGUCAAGUCCAUCAAUCUGUCUGCCUGACUCAUUAAUCAUCGUCUGUCAUCGGAACUUGGCUUUAUGUAUAAAUACAUCAUUAUAUUUAGUAUCCAUCUGAGUUGUGUUUAUGAUAAAGAUGAAAAAACACAUAAGUAAGUAUAUUGCUUGAAGCAUUUGCGUUGUUAUUGUGCUUCUGCUGUUUCAACAUGGUGAAGUGAAGGGAAAUAAAGACUUGUCAUGAACAA